GAGGUGUUCAUCCAAGAGAAGUUCACCCAAGAGAAGUUGCACUUGCAACUUCUCUAUAAUGAACGGCCAGUUGCACGACAAAAGUGUUUAUUAUAGGGAGAGUUCAUCUAAGGGAGGUUCUGAGGUGUUCAUCCAAGAGAAGUUCACCCAAGAGAAGUUGCACUGUAUUUACCUGCACGGCGUAUACACUGUAGAUGGAAACGAGUCGCCAUUCAACCCGAUCAAGUGUUUUCAUGAGAAUAACCUCAACUGGCGUUUGGGGCCAUCGGGCGAGUACACAAAGGACUGGAUUCAUAAUGCUGAAUUGCUGGACAAAGCGUUCAAGCAGCUAGGUGACGAGCGCGACAACUUUAACUACGCGAUGCGCAUUGAUUUUGCCAACUUUUUGAACUUGAUCUCGAAACAAAAAGGCUACAACACCAAGCACAAUGUGGAAACGGUGGACGAACAUUCACCCGCCGAGUUGGCGUUCAACCAUCACAAUUUUUGUUACAGAAAUAAGCUGCGUGAAAUGGCCGAUGCCAUCAGGUGCUUUUUUGAUAAACGCCCUGGCUUCAAUAAGGGACACCACAUACCCGAGUUUAAAAAAGCGGCCCUUAGUUACACAGAAAUAUCGAAACACACCUACACCCAUAUCAACGAAACCACCGAGCCAGCUUUCAUGAGAUGCUCCGCUUGCAGGUCAAUUGCACUUCAUGAGCACACCAGCAAAGCCAUUGAGGCCCAGAUACAACAUCGCGCCAACCCUGAUGGUAGCGUUCCGGCCGAGUAUCACUACCUCGUGGAGUUCAAAAAGAAAUGGCAAAAGGAUUUCGCCGAAGCCGUGGCCCAUAUUGAUUUACAUAUAGGCAAAAGUGACGACUCAAACAGCACUGAGAGCUGUACCACAGAAACCACACAACAUAUCGACAAAAUAAUUGAUGUACACAAUACUAGUAAUACAACGUUAGGAAAGGGCAGUAGUGGUCAGAGCGACGACAACAACACAGAAGUAGACCAAACACUUCAGUCGUUUGACAAUUCAAGCAUUGAUCACAAGUCGGAAGUGAAACCCAAAGAAGUUGUAGGAUUCUUCAAAAAAUUUAGAAACUAUCAGGAUCAGUUAGGCAAAUAUUGUUUUCGAGAUAUCGGCUGUUUUUCUGCCUUUGAGUCCAACGAGUCGACGCGCGGUAUACCACUGCCUCUGAUGUCACCCGACUCUAUGGCACCGGUGUUUCAUAUGUACACUCAGGAGCACCGGACGAUCCCCAGAAACUAUAGCUAUAACGCCACUGCAGACCAACUCCGGUACAGCACUUUCAACGCCUCCCUUAGAACCGCAUUCAUUGUCCACGGAUUUAAAAGCGGAUAUUCCGUGUGGUUAGAGAAUAUGAAAGAUUUCAUAUUCUAUAAAAGCAACGAUCAAUUCAAUGUUGUAGUCGUUAUUUGGGAAAAAGGAGCAAGAACCCCAAUUUAUAACCUGGCCGCAAUUAAUACCCGAGUUGUUGGAGCACUUAUUGGUUUCUUUAUCAACAGUUUGUGCAAAACAUAUAACAUAACAAAUGAUAGGUUUUGGUUAAUCGGACACAAUUUGGGCGCACAUACUAUGGGUUUUGCCGGCAAACGACUUAAAAAUCCGAAAGUGGCCCGCAUUACAGCACUCGAUCCGGCGGGGGUCGGUUUUAACACCAUAAGCACAUAUUUACGUUUAGACCAUUCGGACGCACAGAUAGUGGAUGUGAUCCAUACGGACGCCGCCCUCUCAUACACUGAGGGCUUUGGAACGGCCGACACUUUGGGUCACUUAGACUUUUAUCCCAACGGAGGUAGUUGGCAACCGGGAUGUGUUGUAUCUGAUAGUGUGGCCAGAAAAUUGAGUACAAUUACAUCGGGCGAAGACAUUAGUUGUUCGCUCGCCAGGGCCUGUUUAAUAAUGAAUAACCUUGAAAAACCUGGAGACCAAUGCAGUGCUGUUGCCUAUCAAUGCGAAAAUUACAAUACAUUUCUAGAGGGCCGGUGCGCUAAUUGUGCCGAUAAUAAAUGCCAACCAAUGGGUUUGAACCCGGAUUAUUGGACCGACAAGAAAAUGAACAACUCGGCGGUUGACAAGUGGAAGAGAUAUAACGCAACUGAAAAACGUCGUUAUAAUAGGGGCUAUAAAUUGCAAAUACCUGUCAUUGAAAUCUAUUACAUGAGUUCUAUGAACGAGAGCAUUAGAGACAAGUCUUCGGCAGUGUUUUGUCCAAAAGAUGGUUCGGAGACCCGAAUAGCGGCCAAUUCACAGGAAGUACAUUAUAUCGCUUGUAAUCCGCAUUUGAAGCAUAAAUGUCGUGAUCUGUCGGCCGAAGAACUAAAGCCAUUGACAUUCAAAGAGGACAUCCAUUCUGUGGAUUAUAUGAGACAAUAUCCUGUAAUACAACGUCAGUCAACGCCAAUAGUGGUCAAAGCGAUGACAACAACACAGAAGGGAACGACCGAACACUCCAGUCAAUAUCAGAAUAUGUUUGCCAAAAGUUGUUUCCGAGAUAUCGGUUGUUUUUCUUCAGACGAUAACAACGGGGCGGCGUUGCCUCUGUUGCCGAUGUCACCCGACUCUAUGGCACCGGUGUUUCAUAUGUACACUCAGGAGCACCGGACGAUCCCCAGGAACUAUAGCUAUAACGCCACUGCAGACCAACUCCGGUACAGCACUUUCAACGCCUCCCUUAGAACCGCAUUCAUUGUCCACGGAUUUCAAAGCGGAUAUUCCGUGUGGUUAGAGAAUAUGAAAGAUUUCAUAUUCUAUAAAAGCAACGAUACAUUCAAUGUUGUGGUCGUUAUUUGGGAAAAAGGAGCAAGAACCCCAAUUUAUAACCAGGCUGCGAUUAAUACCCGCGUUGUUGGAGCACUUAUUGGUUUCUUUAUUAACAGUUUGGAGAAUACAUAUAACAUAACAAAUGAUAGGUUUUGGUUAAUCGGACACAAUUUGGGCGCACAUAUCAUGGGUUUUGCCGGAAAGCGACUGAAUAACCCGAAAGUGGUUCGCAUUACAGCCCUCGAUCCGGCCGGGAUCACUUUUAACACAAAGAACACAGCUUUACGUUUAGACCAUUCGGACGCACAGAUAGUGGAUGUGAUCCAUACGGACGCCGCCCUCUCAUACACUGAGGGCUUCGGAACGGCCGACACUUUGGGUCACUUCGACUUCUUUCCCAACGGAGGCAGUUGGCAAACGGGAUGUGCUGUAUCUAAUGAUAUAACCCACAAAUUGAGUACAAUUACAUCGGGGGACGACAUUAGCUGUUCGCUCUCCAGGGCAUGGGCAAUAAUGAAUAACCUUGAAAAACCUGGAGACCAAUGCAGUGCUGUUGCCUAUCAAUGCGAAAAUUAUGCUGCAUUUCUAGAGGGCCGGUGCGCUAACUGUGCUAACAAUAAAUGCCAACCAAUGGGUCUAAACCCGGAUUAUUUUACCGACAAGAAAAUAAAUAACAUGACAGUUGACAGUCGAUACUUUGUCAACACUCGAUCCAAAGAGGAAUAUUGCUGUAAAUAAUGAGUUAUUAAUUAGAAUAUUAAAUAAUUAUUAAAUUAUUAACAAAUGUACAUAAAAACAGUACAUCACUACCAAAUGGGGUUUCAUAUUGCAAACACUUCUGAUUCAACAACAGGGCAUUUAAUUAUUACAAUGAAUGCAACGGUCGGUAAUAAAGUGCGAGAAUUGAAUUUCACACGAAUUAUGACAAAAACAAUUCCCGGAAAAGUUCACACAAUUUUGCUUACAUUUGACUUCAAAGUGGAAAAAAUUAAUUCAAUGACUUUGGAGUGGAAGAGAUAUAACGAAUAUGAAAAACGUCGGUAUAAUAGGGGCUAUAAAUUGCAAAUACCUGUCAUUGAAAUCUAUUACAUGAGUUCUAUAAACGAGAGCAUUAGAGACAAGUCUUCGGCAGUGUUUUGUCCAAAAGAUGGUUCGGAGACCCGAAUAGCGGCCAAUUCACAGGAAGUCCAUUAUAUCGCUUGUAAUCCGCAUUUGAAGCAUAAAUGUCGUGAUCUGUCGGCCGAAGAACUAAAGCCAUUGACAUUCAAAGAGGACAUCCAUUCUGUGGAUUAUAUGAGAGAAUAUCCUGUGUUUCAUAAAAUCCG